GGUAAUCUUUUUUUUUUUUAUUCUAUGAUCAACAAAAACUAGUAUAGAGGAACAAAACAGUGCAAAUCUAUUUGGGGUGAACACUGAACAACUUGCAAGCUCAAACUAGAUAACAGUGUGGAGCUUUCUGCUGAAAGCAGAGACAUCCAGUUACAAGGAAACAUGACUUCCAGAUUUAGGAUUUCACUGAAACAUAAAACUAAAUCUUCAAAGAGUUCAAUUCAGAAGAGAUCAUCCCAAUCUGACCGCAGCGGUGUGUCUUUAAAGAGUGACCAGUCAAAAGAUCCUGAUAUUAAUUUCAAAGAGAGAAAGUCUUUUGCUGAGAGUGACAAAAAGGAUGUGCCUCUCUACUCAAGUAAAAAACACAAGAAUGCAGUCUUUAAGAUGCUUAAGCGCACAGUCAUUUCUCUGGUUAAAAAUGAACUAAAGAGGUUUAAGAAACUGCUGAGUCCAGAUUACCCACAAUGCUCUGAGGUAGAGGAAGAGGAGGAUGAAGGCCAGAGCGGUGUCAGAGAUGCAGUUCUGAAGCUCACACUGCACGUCCUGAGAAAGAUGAACCAGGCAGACCUUGCCUACACAUUACAGACCAAACUGACCCCCAUGAGUCAUCAAGUACUGAAAUCCAGCCUAAGGGCAAAAUAUAAUAGAAUUCAUGAAGGAAUUUCACUGCAUGGAAAAACAACUUUUCUGCACGAGAUCUACACAGAGCUUUACAUUACAGAAGGAGAGAGUGGAGGGGUCAGUAUUCAACAUGAGAUCAGAAGGAUUGAGACAACGUCCUGGACACCAGAGACACUGGAAGCACCAAUCAAAUGUAAUGACAUCUUUAAAUCCUUAACAGGACAAAACAAGCCCACCAGAACUGUACUGACUAAAGGAGUUGCAGGAAUUGGAAAAACAAUCGCUGUACAGAAAUUCAUUUUAGACUGGGCCGAAGGAAAAGAAAAUCAGGACAUUCACUUCAUAUUUCCACUUCCUUUCAAGGAGCUCAAUUUGAUGAAAGAGAAAAAUAUUAGUCUGAUGGAGCUUCUGAAUCAGUUUUUCACAGAGUUAAGAUUACAAAAUUGUGAUGAAUAUACAACUAUGUUCAUAUUGGAUGGCCUGGACGAGUGUCGACUUCCUCUGGAUUUCCAGAACAAUGAUAUUUUAAGUAAUGUGACAGAAUCAGCCUCAGUGGAUGUUCUCCUGACGAACCUGAUCAAGGGGAAUCUGCUUCCUUCAGCUCUCCUCUGGAUCACCUCUCGACCAGCAGCAGCCAAUCAGAUCCCUCCUGAGUGUGUUGACCAGGUCACAGAAGUGCGAGGAUUCAAUGACCCUCAGAAAGAUGAAUAUUUCAUGAAGAGAAUAAGUGAUCAGAGUCUGGCCAGUCGAAUCAUCACACACAUCAAAUCAUCAAGGAGUUUAUACAUCAUGUGCCACAUCCCAGUCUUCUGCUGGAUUUCGGCCACUGUUUUGCAGAGAAUGUUGCGUGAAGCAGAGAGUGCAGAGAUUCCCAAGACUCUCACUCAAAUGUUCACACACUUCCUGAUCUAUCAGAUCAAACAAAGAAGCCAGAAGUACCAAGACAGCACUGAAGUAGAUCUUAAGCAGACAACAGAGAGCAUAUUUUCCCUAGGAAAACUUGCUUUUCAACAACUAGAAAAGGGCAACUUGAUCUUCUAUGAGGAAGACCUCAGAGAAUGUGGCAUUGAUGUCAAAGAAGUGUCAGUGUAUUCAGGACUGUGUACUCAGAUCUUCAGAGAGGAGUUUGGACUGUACUUGGGGAAGGUGUACAGCUUCGUACAUCUGAGCUUUCAGGAGUAUCUUGCUGCUUUAUUCAAGUUUCUUUCCCUAAUCCUAAGACCUACGAAGCAUUUUAAACUAUUUAGCUCCACAAUGACUGAUUUGCUAAAAAGAGAAGUGGACAGAGCCUUGGAGAGUGAGAAUGGACACCUGGACCUCUACCUUCGCUUCCUUCUGGGCCUCUCUUUAGAGUCAAAUCAGUGUCUUAUACAAGGCCUACUGACGCAUACGGGGAAUGUAUGCUUAAUAAACACGCAAAAAUUAAUUAAACAUGUCAAGGAGAAGAUAAAGGAUAAUCCCUCUCCAGAGAAAUCCAUCAAUCUGUUCCACUGUCUGAAUGAACUGAAUGAUCAUUCUCUAGUGCAGGAAGUCCAAGCAUACCUGAAGGAAACAGGUCCCAGAGGUCUCUCUGGAGUUAAACUUUCUCCUGCUCAGUGGUCAGCUCUGGGAUUUGUGUUGCUCAACUCAGAAGAGGAGCUAAAUGAGUUUAAGAUAAGUAAAUAUGAUCAAUCAGAAGAAUGUCUUCUGAGACUGCUGCCAGUGGUCAAAGCCUCUAGAAAAGCUGAGCUGUGUGACUCUAAUCUGACAGAGAAGAGCUGUUUAGCACUGGCCCCAGUCAUUAGCUCAAACUCAUCAUGUCUAACAAAGCUGGAUAUAAGCAAUAACAACCUGCUGGAUUCAGGAGUGAAGCUGCUCUGCGUUGGACUAAAGAAUCCACAAUGUAAACUGGAGACAUUACAGUUGUCAAACUGCUGUAUUACAGAGGAUGGUUGCGCUGCUUUGGCUUCAGCACUGAGAAGAAAUCUCUCACACCUGAGAAAGCUGAAUCUUAGUGAUAACACAAUAGGAAACACUGGAGUAAAUCUCCUGUCUGAUCUGCUGGAGGACCCACAGUGCAAACUGAGCAAGCUAUACCUUCGUAACUGCAGUAUUGGAGAGGAAGGUUGUGCUGCUGUAGCUUCAGCUCUAACAUUAAACCCCUCACACCUUAGAGUACUCAACCUCGGUAUGAAUAAACCAGAAAAUUCAGGGUUAAAGAUGCUCUUUCAUCUACUGGAAAAUCAAAACUGCAAACUGGAGAAGCUACAGUUGUCUGAAAGCAGCAUUAGAGAAGCAGGAUUUUAUCUUCUGGUAUCAGCUCUGAAAUCAAACCCCUCACAUAUGAGAGAACUAGAUCUGAGUGCAAAUGAACCAGGUGAUGCAGGAGUGAGGGUGCUCUCUGAUCUACUGAAGGAUCCACACUGUAAACUUAAGACAUUACAACUAUCUAACUGUACUAUUGGGGAGGAAGGCUGUGCUUCUCUGGCUUUAGCUUUGAGAUCAAACCCUUCGUACCUGAGGGAGUUUGACAUCAGCUCAAACAAACCUCAAGAUUCAGGAAUAAAGCUGCUUUCCGAUCUACUGGAGGAUCCACAAUGUAAACUACAGAAACUGACGUUGCGUAACUGCAGUAUUGAAGAGAAAGGUUGUUCUGCUCUGGCUUCAGCUCUAAAAUCAAACCCUUCACACAUGAGAGAGUUUGAUCUCAGCUCAAACAACCCUCAAGACUCAGGAAUGAAGCUUGUAUCCAGUCUACUAGAGGAUCCACAGUGUAAACUAGAGAAACUAAUGUUGCGUAACUGUAGUAUUGAAGAGGAAGGUUGUUCUGCUCUGGCUUUGGCUUUGAGAUCAAACCCCUCUCACCUGAGAGAACUAGACCUGAGCUUGAAUAAACCUAGAAACUCAGUAAAACUCUUGUCUGAUCUACUGGAGGAUACAAAUUGCAAACUGUCCCUAAAACUCUAGUCUACACAUAUUUUACCCGUUUAACACUGCCCUACAGAGUAGUCUGUUUCUUUGUCUCCACUGUGUAAGGAGCAAAUUCAUUUCUUGAAACCAAAAACCUGCCAUGCAAAAAAAAAAAUAAUCUGAGAAAGCAUCUCCAAAGGAAUGAAGGAUUUCAAAAAGAGAGCAAACAACACCCUCUUUCCCUGUUGUUUACAACACCCCUUUUCACCCCCUGCCAUUCCAGCCUCCCCUCCUUCUGCCCAAAAGGCUCAAAGUUCAUUAAGAAUAAGGCAUUAUAUACCAUGUGUCAUGUGAAGCUGUUGUCUAUUUUUCAUGUUUGGUCUCAUUUUAAAGUGAGAAGGGGGUGUGUCCUCCUUUAAGGUCUCUGAAAAUGUGACCCUAGGACCCCGGAGCAUGGGAACCUAAAAAUCAAAAGGUAUUUUUAUAGUUUUAGAGCCGAUCUGAAAACCUCAUGGUCUAGUCUGAGUAUAUAAGGAGAGUGACAAAACAUGACAGCGUGCGAUUCUGUAGCCAGAUCGGCCCGAAGUGUGGGUAUGUCCCCAUAAACCACACUACAUACUUUCUAUGCAUUUUUACUCUAGGUUUAUCUUUAAGAAAAUGAUGUUUUGCCUUGACAUAAAUGUAACUCUGAAUUGGCUUCUAAAUGUUUGUGUAAUUGGCAAACAGUUACAAGUGUGGUCAGGUGUUCAUUUGCACUUCAGUGUUUCCCAAAAGCAACUAUGGUUGCUAGUUCUGUCACUAUCAACAGAGUUCAAUGAUUUUAUGAAAAAAAAAAAAAAAGUGUAACAACGUGGAAAUAAUAAAAUUAAAUGUACAGAUUAUUAAAAUAUUUAUUAUUGCGCUUUCGUAUAAUUACCACUGCCUGAUGUUCUGGUUCCCGAUCCGUCUGCCUGCCUUCCCCUGUGUGCCUGCCGGCCUGAGACACCUCUCCUGUUUGUGAUUAUCAGAUAAGGAAAGAAGUUUUGAGUUUCUGAUUUGAACUCUGAUUACUCAUGUUUUCAAAUUUUUCAUGUUUGUUUUAAGGCGCGAUGCCGCCAGAUUAGUUGAACCAUUAAAAUACACAUCUUCUGUUUGAA